UGCAGUGCUUCAUUAUUUCUUCAUUCUGUCCUCUCACUCCGCAGAGACAACAUGAGGCUGUGGGCCUUCCUGCUGCUCGCUCUGACCGCUCUGACUUUAGCGGCAGAUGAGUCGUGUAUGAGUCGCUGUGAGAAUGGCUUUAACUCAGAGAAGACGUGCCAGUGUGACUCAAUGUGCAAAUAUUACAACAGCUGCUGCUCUGACUUCGAGGUCUAUUGUGGCAUGAUGACUCGUGGGGACACGUUUGUGUUUGCAGAGGAUGAUGAUGAUAGUGAGCUUCUUCAAAGCACCACUCCCACUCCCUCGCCUCAACGCUCAUCCCACAGUCUGUCCAUCACUGCUACCGAUCGCAAGCUGAAGCCCACCGAGCAGCCCAUCUCAGACUUUGGUCGCAGACAACAGGAACAACAUGAAACAACUCUAGAAAUGACCAGACCCCCUCGACUGAUGGAAACAAUACUUCAGAAAAUCCCUAUAACACCCGUAUCGAAGAUAGUGGCGACUGCACAGAUAACAACUGAAACCCCUGUGACUGAGGCAGCAGUUGAGACCACCACCGGCCCCGUCACAACAGCCACCACCGAAGCCCCCGACCCAGACGCUAUGGCCUGCAGCGGGAGGCCUUUUGACUCCUUCAUGCAACAAAAAAAUGGCUCAAUAUAUGCCUUCAGAGGGGAAUACUUUUUUGAACUGGACAAAAAGACUGUUCUUCCUGGUUAUCCAAAGCUCAUAAAGGACGUGUGGGGCAUCAGCGGGCCGAUUGAUGCUGCCUUCACCCGCGUCAACUGUAAAGGGAAGACUUACAUCUUCAAGGGAAACAAGUACUGGAGGUUUGAUAACGGUGUGCUGGAUGAGGACUAUCCUCGAGAUAUCAGCGUGGGCUUUGACAAAAUUCCCGAUCAUGUGGACGCAGCGUUUGCUCUGCCGGCUCCUGGUCACAAUGGAAAGGAGAAGGUCUAUUUCUUCAAAGGUGAUCAGUAUCACACAUACGAGUUUCUGCACCAGCCAUCCCAUGAUGAGUGCAUCACCAUGUCAGAGAGCUCUCCGCCCCUAAUGUUCAGACGCUACACUGACGUAUACUACAACAACUACGAACGUGUCAUCAGCGAGCUGUUCUCUAGCUCGCCUCAGCAUCACGACAAACACCACUUCAUUGACAAGGACUGGAAGGGCCUCAAGUCUCCAGUGGAUGCUGUCAUGGCUGGCAGGAUGUACGUCCCUCCAGUGAGGCCCGCACGACGCCGCAACGACUACCAGCCUGGGCAGCCUCGGAACCAGCAGAACGGGCAGAAUUACCAGCAGUACGGUCAGCAGUACGGUCAGCAGUACGGUCAGCAGUACGGGCAGCAGCACGGGCAGCAGCACGGGCUGCAGUGGGCUCAUAGGAGGCAGAGCCGUUCCCCCUACUGGGGCUCCACGGCUGAGCAGGGGAUGAACAUGGGCCAGGGCUUUGCAGACAGGGGGAUGGACAUGGGUCUGAGGUUGGCAGAGAGGGGGUUGGAGAUGGAGGAGAGACUGGGACGAGACUGGAACAGACAAUGGGAUCAAGACUCGGACCAGGACAGACGGAGAGGCGGGACCCGGCAGAACAACAGAGGCAACCACGACUCCAGAAACGUUGGGUCCGUCUCCAGGAGUCUGCCCAUACAGAGCGUCUACUUCUUCAGAGGAGAGUCGUACUACAGAGUGGACCUGAAGACCAAGAGAGUGGACCCAGCCUCGCCUCCGUACCCCAGAUCCAUCGCCAAGUUCUGGCUCGGCUGUUCAGACACCACCGGGGCAGAGAAGUAGUUGCAAAAUGUUUUGUUAUUUUAAUAUGACCACUAGGACUACAUUUGUAUAUAACUGAUUAUUCAUUUUGCCCUGAAACUGGCAGUGUUGGCUUCUUGUAAAGUGUGACACUAAACGAACCGCUCGUCAACUUCAGCAAACAUUGGAGAUCAAUGAAGGUCCAACACUGCUGCUCUUCACCGCCGUAGUGUUUUAGCAUGUCCAAAGUUCAAUUGGUGGAUUAAGGUUAUCUCAUCUGUUCUCAAAAUCAGCUGACCGACUUAGUUAAACAACUAUAAGGACUAUAACCUCAAUUUGGAAAUCCAGAAGAGAUUGGAUACUCUAGUAUUAUUCUACAGGUUUUCUGUUCCCAUGUCUUUGUUUUGGGGUUUAUAAUAUUCAAGAAGUUUGUUACAUUCAUUCCAAAACCAACACAGAUGGUAAAUCAGGGACUUUUUUUCUAAACCAUGUAUCUACACAUGUUUAUUUUCCAUUGUUUAAUCAUAAGCAUACAGUAAAUAACACAAUAUAAACAGGGUUGAUGAGACUUUUCAUCCACAAAGGGGUCAUAAAAAUGUGGCACGUGGUCGUACAACAAUCGUAACAAUCUCUAAAAAUGCAAUAAUGGCGGUUUAUGCUAACAGCAGCAUUGUGUAACUGCAAAGGUCAGAGAGCAGCGGCAGAUCAGACUUUGACUAGAGGUCGUAGAAAACAUUGUUACAAUUAUAGUUUUCUGAUAUCUAAGGGCUAGUGUAAGAGGGCAAAAUAUAAUUCCAAAUCAUACUACAAUGACAAAGCAACCUUGUUUACUUUAUAUGUUUUUUCACGGAUCUUUGAACAAUGUAUUUGAUCAGCAUAUUCACAACCUGUUCCAACUUGUACGAUAACAAAUAAAAACGUCAUAUAUUUAAA